UAACCUCUAAAAAAGGCAUCUAGUCAUACAUGUAGUUAUCGAUGAUCAUACAGGAUGAUAUCUGUUCAAGGCACUCCAGGUGUGGAUGGGAAGCCAGGAGUCAAUGCUACAGAAGGCAUACCAGGACCACCUGGAGCUGCAGGGAGACGAGGGAAAAAAGGUCCCCCUGGAGAGAGAGGGGAGCCAGGGGUGAAAGGAGACGUGGGACACCCUGGACCUCCAGGACUGAAGGACGAGACCUCCAAUGACACCAUCAUAGAGGGGCCUCCGGGUCCAAGGGGCCCUCCUGGCCCUGCCGGUCCCCCUGGUCUACCUGGCCCCCCAGCGACCUUAGAGGACCCAGAACCCUCUAGAAAUAGGACCAUGAGAGCCCACCUGUUAGAGAACACCUGUCUCCAUCAAGCCAACAUGUCUGACUCUCUGAGUACAGAGAAUACAGCCCCAAGCAGUGACACCUUGAAUGUAACCAACGCAGAGAAUGUUAAUCGAACCAUCAGAGCACACAUCCAUCAAGCCAACAUGUCUACGGAGUCAGCGAAUCUAGCCGCAAGUAAUGACACGUUGAAUGUAACUGACACAGAGAACGAGGAAGCAAAUAACCGACAAAUGACAUACAUAAAGAUUGUGGAAGAAGCACCUUUGAACGUAACUGACAGUGAGAUUGUGGAAGAAGGACCUUUGAACGUAACUGACACCGAGAUUGUGGAAGAAGCACCUUUGAACGUAACUGACACCGAGAUUGUGGAAGAAGGACUUUUGAACGUAACUGACAGCGAGAUUGUGGAAGAAGGACCUUUGAACGUAACUGACAGCGAGAUUGUGGAAGAAGGAACUUUGAACGUAACUGACACCGAGAUUGUGGAAGAAGGACCUUUGAACGUAACUGACAGCGAGAUUGUGGAAGAAGGACUUUUGAACGUAACUGACAGCGAGAUUGUGGAAGAAGGACUUUUGAACGUAACUGACAGCGAGAUUGUGGAAGAAGGACCUUUGAACGUAACUGACACCGAGAUUGUGGAAGAAGGACUUUUGAACGUAACUGACACCGAGAUUGUGGAAGAAGGACUUUUGAACGUAACUGACAGCGAGAUUGUGGAAGAAGGACCUUUGAACGUAACUGACAGCGAGAUUGUGGAAGAAGGACCUUUGAACGUAACUGACAGCGAGAUUGUGGAAGAAGGACCUUUGAACGUAACUGACAGCGAGAUUGUGGAAGAAGGACCUUUGAACGUAACUGACACCGAGAUUGUGGAAGAAGGAUCUUUGAACGUAACUGACACCGAGAUUGUGGAAGAAGGAUCUUUGAACGUAACUGACAGCGAGAUUGUGGAAGAAGGACCUUUGAACGUAACUGACAGCGAGAUUGUGGAAGAAGCACCUUUGAACGUAACUGACAGCGAGAUUGUGGAAGAAGGAUCUUUGAACGUAACUGACAUCGAGAUUGUGGAAGAAGCACCUUUGAACGUAACUGACACCGAGAUUGUGGAAGAAGCACCUUUGAACGUAACUGACACCGAGAUUGUGGAAGAAGGAUCUUUGAACGUAACUGACACCGAGACUGUGGAAGAAGGACCUUUGAACGUAACUCACACUGAGAAUGUAGAAGAAGGACCUUUGAGCGUAACUGACAGCGAGAUUGUGGAAGAAGCAGCAUUUAAGAAAACUGCAGAAAUCUUCUCUGCUCCCACAACUGACACCUUGAAUGUAACCGACACAGAGUAUGCGAAAGAAGCACCUGUUUGGAAAGCUGAAUACAUUAUCAAAAGCAUAACAUGCUUUCCAAACGUCACUAAAAUGGAAACCACAUUUGGAGUUUGGAUGCGAGAUGCAGCCCGGGUGAACGAUAACCACAUUUGGAUGGCUGAACACUUUUCAGGUCGAGUCUUGCAGGAGUACAAGAGCAUUGCAUCAUUUCCUAACGGCAGCAGCAAGUCUAUUGACAUGAGGAAGUUGUACCAGGGUUGUGGCCACAUAAUCUACAAUGGGUCUAUGUACUAUCACAAUGCGGGAACCUCGAAAGUUGUCAAGGAUAAUCUGAAGACCAGGAGAUUACAGACACUGGCCAUUGAGAAUGCUCUUUACCACAAUCGAACCUACCUCUUCUACAACUCCAAGACAUACUUUAAGUUUGCUGUGGACGAGAACGGACUGUGGCUCAUAUAUGCUUCAGUUGUCAACGGAACCAUGAUGGUUGCCAAGCUUAACCACAAGAGUUUUUCUGUGUUGUCUGUGGUUAGCACGUCCUAUCCUGUACCGAACGCUGGGAAUGCCUUUGUUGCGUGUGGAGUUCUGUAUAUGACUGACACCAAAGACACAAAAGUCACACAUGCCUUUGACUUAAUGAAAGAGAAACCUUUGAAUGUAAGUUUGGAUCUUAGAUCAGCCAAUGGUAUUAUGGCUAUGUUGUCAUAUUAUCCCCAAAAUCAUCUUUUGUAUAUGUGGGACAACAGCUAUGUGAAAAUAUGCAAGGCUUAUUUUACUUCGGAUCAAAAAAGUCUAGUCAAAUGUUAUGAUCGUAAAUAAAUCUUAUGAUCGUGGGAGACAUUCUGCCUAGGAGAAUACAGCCACAAGUAGUGACACCUUGAAUGUAACCAAUGUAGAGAAGGUUCUAUUAACAAUCAAAGCACACACCAAUCAAGCCAACAUGUCUAUCACUGUCCUGGGAGAGUGUUCUAAUUUUUUAAGAAUUUGAGUGUCAUAAAAUAUUCAUUUUUGUAUAAUAUUUGGCAUCGAUAUUUUUCUCAUUCAUGUUGUACAAUUACCAAUAAAAACAUGUUUUCUUUUCAUA